AUGAGGCUCAACUCGACUCGUCCAUUGACAACUGAUUCACCGGAAAUCACGGCUGUAAUUUCGUAUCCAUGCCGCACGCUGCGGUGGCUGCAAACCGGAGUUGAGUUCAAAAGGCGCGGGAGCGGGUCUCUCUCCUCUUCCCCCAUUCCUUGUACCACCAUCUCUCUCGACCAUAAGGCGCACCACCCUAGCGCCUCACCUCCAUCUCCACACCAAGUAUACGCACACCCAUUCGUCCCACGCAGCGGCGGCGGCGGCCAAGGCACGAUGGAGCGGCGGCCAGAGCUGCGGCGGUCGAUGACGCUCUCGGAGCAGCUGUCCAGGCCCGACCCGGCUAUCCGCGAGUUCCUCAAGAUCCCCGACGACAACAGCCACCUGAGCGCUGACGCCGGAGGAGGUGGAGGCAGCGGCGGCAUGAUCAACUGGAAGCCGCUGCGCGACCGUCUCCGCCUCCGCCGCUCCGUGAACGCCUGGUCCAGCCCGUCGGAGAGGCCCAGCACGGCGGACGGCGCCGGUAGCCUGAAGAACAGCGGCAGCGGCAGCAACCGCAGCCACAAGUACAUCUACGCGCAAGGUGAGGCCACGGCGGCCUUCUGCCGCACCUCCUCGCUCCGCCAGGCUCCCGCAUUCUCGCGCGCGGCCUCCACACGGGUCGCUUCCAACGCCACCAUCGGGCGCUCUUCCCCCGUGGUCGACGGCGAGGGCUCCGAGGACGAGUCGGAGCAGGACGAGGACGAGGAGGAAGGCAAGGAGGAGGAGGACGCGCCGGCGGCGCAGAUGUCCCUGAUGGCGCUGCUGGAGCAGACGGACAGCUGGGACGAGGAGGAGGAGGAGGAGCAGGCCGCGGCAGGCGCCGGGGCCAGCAGCAAGAACGCGCACGCCGAGGAGGAGGAGGAGGACGGCGAGGGGGAGAUGGUGCACGUGUGCUGCGUGUGCAUGGUGCGGCACAAGGGCGCGGCCUUCAUCCCGUGCGGCCACACAUUCUGCCGCCUCUGCUCCCGCGAGCUCUGGGUCAGCCGCGGCAACUGCCCGCUCUGCAACGGCUUCAUCCAGGAGAUCCUCGACAUCUUCUGA